AUGAGGAUCUCUUUGUUGACGAUCGCUACCUUCGCGCUGCUCCUAGGCUACCGGUUCGGUCUGGUGUCUUCCGUAGGUCCUGGCUUUGUAGAAAAUGGCCUGACUCGUUUUGUGGAGCAACUACCUCUGGAGCAUCUACCUGCCGGGGAAGAUACAAGCACAGACCUCCAUGCAUUCGAUCCAAGGAGUUACUUCGCAGUGCCUGGCUCCUCGUCUAUCAACACGGUGAUUCCAGUCCACCAGCAAGCUUUGAACACAGGUGAGCUUGACCUUAGGCUCACUCAAUACCGUUUCAGUUCAAGCAGCAACCUUCCCGUGCAUGGCUUCCCUUUGCCUUUGGAGAAUCCUCGGAGCCACUGGCAAACGUCCUACACACGUGUGCAUCAUGAUGGUAGGCUCGCAUCUUCUAAUCACGAGCCGAUCCCCAACGUCCUGCUUACACCGAAUGCUCCGCGGCAUAUCAGCAAUCUGGCCUCGUUCCAAAGUCAAACGUGGUCCCCGACGUCUUUUCUAAAGAUAGAUUCGGCAUUUCCGGACCCGCUGCUCCAACAGAAUGCACAGGAAGGGCACCAAGGACUCGCCAUCAGUCAAGGUACCGAUACACAUGCCACCUCGGGCGCGAUUCCCUCAGCGAAACGGUGGCGGAGAAAUGGAGCCGCUUGGAGUGAAGAACAAAAGGCCCGCUGGGUCCGGCAGAGGAUGUCUUACAGUAAGCAGGAGCCUCAGUAUCUGCGCUCGCUUCCCUACGUCUUUCCCGAUCAGCCUUGGUUGAAACGUGCUAAAAUGCAAGUGUGGGAGAGGCCUUUCGUGCAGCAAUACGUUGCGUCGCAAGCUUUCGACGAUCAGCUCACAUGGCCUGAAUCCGACUAUCACCAGGCACAUUCUGUUAGCGGAGACCGCCAUGCCGAGAACAGUGCCUUUGCUUUUGCCGACUCGCUACUGGUCGACCCGUAUGAAUCAGAAGCAGAAACGUCUUUUACUGGUACUAAACCUCCUUCGAACGAGGCCAGUAUGCAGCACGUACAGCCUUACACGACUCAUCAAGACAGCCAUGCCGUUGGUCCGGAAGCCUUUGUAGCUCAAGGACAGGCCGUAGCUCAAUCUUCCUCAGGCUCGUCUAGCGGAUCAGAUGCUCAUAGUCUGAUCGCGGCUUCGAUGAGAAGGCUGAAUCCAAACGGCGGCACCAUGGUUGUGCCGCGCGACACUUCCAAUCGAUAUUGGACGGUGAGAAAGCUGAAGGAAUUUGGAGACAGUCCGGUUCGCAAAAGGUUCCGAGAGCCCGACAUUCUCAAGAUGCUCGAAUACAGCCUUCCGACGAUUCAGGUCGAUGCAGCGAGACGAUUCAGGUAUCGUGAGUCCGGAGACGAAGCGCGCAACGAGAUCAACUCUCGCGUCUUUAACAAUAGGCUGGUAUGGGCCGAUAUGAUCGAUAUGAGUGCUCAGGCUAAGAGGAGUCACAGAAAGAUGGCAUUCGGUCCUAGCCGGGUGCUGCCAUUUGUGAAGUUACCUACACCAUCAGAAAGUCGUAUGGAGCAAAAACAUCUGAGAGAGGUCAGAAUGACUGUUCAUGGUGCUGGUGUAGACAGCAAGACAUGGCCUCGAGAUCAUCCAUUUGUGGGACAAACUUACAUGGAGUUCUUCUCGAUGCCUGAUCUGCGAUCACCGGAGGAUCAGUCAACCAUCAUUCAACGGCACGGAGUGGGAUACUUGGAUACCGCUUAUCACGGCGAAGUUGAUGGAUUCUUGCUUUCGGCUCUCAAGAAAGUGUGA